AAACAAACAUGGCGAUAGUCUCGAGUGGAAGGGGGCUCACGCUAACUUUAUUCGUCUUUUCUUGUGUUUUGGCCAGCAGGCAGGGCCAGGCGGCUGUUUCGGAGUCGAGGGACGCCACCCGGAUAGUCGGCAUGCGGCUGGAGAGGAGCGACAAGCCGGCCGAGACCACCGGGAGAGGGGUGAUUCAGGUGACCGAGGGCAGCGACAUCCUCUUCAGGUUCUACGGGCUCCACUUGUUCCCGAACAGCUCGGCGCUCAUCAGGUUCACGGAACUGUACUCCAGUGAUAAAGAGGACGAUGCUUUCGACGCUGUCGUGGUCCCUUUCAAUAGGACUUGUCCCGAACACACGAAGGAUAUAUUAGUGAAGGGGGACAUGAAGGUAAGCAACCAAAACACCUCCGGGGUGGUCAACCUCUGGAUCAAGCAGCUCCGCAAGAGCGAGGCGGUGAAGGUGUUCGGCUUGUGCAUCCGCGACGCCCAGGACGAUGAGGACAAGUGGUACCUGCUGGACGAUAAAGACGGCAGACUGCGGGUGGUGGAGGAGAAGAAGUCCCUGCUGCCCAUCUGGCUGCAGGUGAUCCUCAUCUCCUUCCUGCUGGUGCUGUCCGGCAUGUUCAGUGGGCUCAACCUGGGGCUGAUGGCGCUGGACCCGAUGGAGCUCCGCAUCGUGCAGAGCUGUGGCACCGAGAAGGAGAAGAAGUACGCGCGGAAGAUCGAGCCCAUCCGCAACAAGGGGAACUACCUGCUGUGCUCGCUGCUCUUUGGCAAUGUCCUCGUCAACACCACCUUCACCAUCCUUCUGGACGACCUCACCGACUCCUCGUUCGGCGCUGUGGUCGCUUCCACCGUUGGCAUCGUUAUUUUUGGCGAGAUCGUCCCCCAGGCGCUGUGCUCUCGGCACGGUCUGGCGGUCGGGGCGAACACCAUCAUGGUCACCAAGUUGUUCAUGCUGUUAACUUUCCCUCUGUCGUGGCCCAUCAGCAAGAUCCUCGACUGCGUCCUCGGCCAGGAGAUCGGCACUGUGUACAACCGGGAGAAGCUGGUGGAGAUGCUGAAAGUCACCGAGCCCUACAACGACCUGGUGAAAGAGGAGCUCAACAUGAUCCAAGGCGCGCUGGAGCUCAGGACCAAAACGGUGGAGGAUGUCAUGACGCCAGUCGGCAACUGCUUCAUGAUCCACAGCGACGCCGUGUUGGACUUCAACACCAUGUCCGAGAUCAUGGAGAGUGGAUACACAAGGAUACCCGUGUACGAGGACGAGCGGUCCAACAUCGUGGACAUCCUGUUCGUCAAGGACCUGGCCUUCGUGGACCCGGACGACUGCACGACCCUGAAGACCAUCACCAAGUUCUACAACCACCCGGUCCACUUUGUCUUCCACGACACCAAGCUUGACUCCAUGCUGGAGGAGUUCAAGAAAGGAAAAUCCCACCUGGCCAUUGUGCAGAAGGUGAACAACGAGGGGGAGGGAGAUCCUUUCUACGAAGUGUUGGGGUUGGUCACGCUUGAGGAUGUGAUCGAGGAGAUAAUUAAAUCAGAGAUUCUGGAUGAAUCGGACCUUUACACUGACAACCGCACCAGGAAAAAGGUGGUGCCCAAUAAGAAUAAGAGAGACUUCUCAGCCUUCAAACACGAGAGUGAAUCAAAAGUGAAGAUCUCGCCUCAGCUGCUACUGGCUGCCCAUCGCUUCCUGGCUACAGAGGUAAGCUUGUUCAGCCCGUCUCAGAUCUCCGACAAGGUGCUGCUGCGAAUCCUGCGCCAUCCAGAUGUGAUCCAGGAGAUCAAGUUCAACGACAGCGACAAGCGCUCUCCUCAUCACUACGUCUACCAGAGGGGGAAGCCCGUCGACUACUUCGUUCUCAUCCUGCAGGGCCGAGUGGAAGUGGAGGCCGGUAAUGAGAACAUGAAGUUUGAGACCGGACCGUUCUCUUUCUACGGUGUCAUGGCGCUCAAUGCUCCCACACUGGUGUGACUGAGGCUUUGAAAAUGGAAAAUCCCGCAACCCUGCGACACGCUUUUUGCAAGAUGCAAACAACUCUGCGCUCUCUGCUUUCAGAGUGAUGCAACCAGCAAAAUGCACUCUGAUUUAAUAAAACAUAUAUUUAGAUU